AUGAGUAGAGCGGAUAAUUCUAAGGGGUUAACGCUUGCCUCUAGUCCAACCUUUAAAAAGGUUUUUGGAAUGAAGAAUGUAAGCCGAGCAAGCGACUUACCAUUUCUCAUAGAAACAAGAAGAUUCAACUAUCCGCAAUGGUAUCGGACACAUACAGAUAUUCAUGGACAGCGAACUGAACCAACUUUGCAAUAUGUUGCUUUCAUUGAGUCUUGUGCGAACCGAACAUGGAUUGUACCACCACAAAUGCAAUUAUAUGUGGAUUAUAAAAUUGAAGUUACAGAUAUACUGACAAAUUAUACGUCAAUUGAUGAGAUUCACGCUUACUCGAUUGAUGAAUCUUUCUUAGACAUUACUGAAUCACUUAACUUUUUUUAUCCUGGUAUUAAAAAUCGCUAUGAGCAAAUGAAUCUGAUUGCUUUGGAUUUGCAACGUGAGAUACUAGAUAAGUUAGGACUCUAUGUGGCAGUUGGCAUGGGAGACAACCCUUUGCUUGCUAAGUUGGCAAUGGAUAACUAUACCAAACACAACGACAAUAUGAGAGCAUUAAUACGUUAUGAAGAUGUACCUAAUAGACUAUGGACACUUACUAAAAUGACUGACUUCUGGGGAAUCGGAAAAAGAACUGAGAAACGUUUAAACAAGCUAGGAAUUACAUCUAUCAAAGAACUUGCGAAUGCUGACCCUCUUUUGCUGAAGCAAAAAUUAGGAACAAUUGGACUUCAGCAUUUUUUCCACGCAAACGGAAUUGACGAAAGCAACGUGAGAGAAAAAUAUACCCCUAAAUCUUCUAGCUUCAGCAAUUCUCAAAUCUUACCACGUGAUUAUCACAAGCUCAAUGAAAAAGAAAAAAAUGAUAAGGUAAUUCAAGCAUUACCACAUCAUCUAGUGCUUCAUCUUCUUAAUCAAUCUUUUUCAAAUCAGGUACAAAUCAAAGUUAAAUAUCAAACUAAAGAUAAAUUAACUGGAGUCUAUGGUUUUGUCUCAGAGUUUAUCAAUAACCAAGUAAGAAUAAAAUCAACAGAUAAAAUACAUCUCAUAUCCAUUGAACACAUAAUGAAUGUUUCUUAG